CUAUAUCUAUAUCUAUAUCUAUAUAUAUAAAGGAUCAUUAUGAAGAUAGGUUCGCUCUCUUAUUUCUUCUCUCUUCUUCUUCUUCUUCAUUAGUUCAUUCACACUUCUGGGACCAAAAGGGGUUACUUUCCAGAUCCGAGGUCGAGGAGCUCCUUCGGCCAUGAAGAUGGAGCUUGGGUACAAGAAUCACCAUCACUACUCUUACAGAGGAGCAACACUUGUUACACUUUCCUUGCUGCUUUUCCCACUUGUGUUUUUUACCACUUUCACCCAUGCCUCAUCUUCUUCUAUGUACCCCGCGGAAUGGAAUCCUAUUAAACCUAGGCACUCACGUAUCCUCAAGAGUGCUGUGCAACGAGAAACUCCCACAUCACAGCUUUCUGAACUAUGGACUCCUCUGGAAAAGCAUGGAUGGAAACCUUGUGCUGAAUCUAGAAAGAAGCCAACAUUACCAGAGAAGUCCGAGGGAUACAUCCAGGUAUUUCUUGAUGGAGGUUUGAACCAGCAAAGGAUGGGGAUAUGUGAUGCUGUUGCUGUUGCAAAGAUACUGAAUGCAACUCUUGUGAUCCCGUACCUUGAAUUGAAUCCUGUAUGGCGCGACUCAAGCUCCUUCAUGGAUAUAUUUGAUGUGGAUCACUUCAUUGAUGUAUUGAAGGAUGAUAUUUCUAUAGUUAAAGAGCUGCCUGAAGAGUACUCCUGGAGCACAAGGGAGUACUAUGCCACUGCCAUUCGAGAUACCAGAAUCAAGGCUGCACCUGUGCAUGCAUCAGCCUUCUGGUAUCUAGAAAAUGUUUUGCCUGUCCUGGAGAGUUAUGGUAUUGCUGCAAUCUCUCCAUUUUCUCAUCGUCUGACUUUUGACAACUUGCCUAUGGAUAUCCAACACCUCCGCUGUAAAGUCAACUUUCAAGCUUUAGUCUUUGUUCCUCAUAUCAGAACACUUGGAGAUGCUCUUAUCAGCCGUCUUCGCUAUCCUCAAGGCUCUGCUGAGGAAAUGGGCUCCAACCACCUUCAAGAAAUCACUGGUGCAGGUGAUAGUAAAACUGCAGGGAAAUUUGUUGUUCUACACCUCCGAUUUGAUAAGGAUAUGGCAGCACAUUCAGCCUGUGAUUUUGGUGGGGGGAAAGCUGAAAAAUUUGCUCUUGCAAAGUAUAGACAGGUGAUUUGGCAGGGAAGGGUUCUUAAUUCCCAAUUCACUGAUGAAGAGUUGAGGAGUCAGGGUCGUUGCCCAAUGACUCCAGAAGAGAUUGGAUUGUUGCUAGCAGCUAUGGGAUUUGACAACAGCACCCGUUUAUAUCUUGCCUCUCACAAGGUCUAUGGUGGAGAAGCAAGGAUUUCAACUUUGAGGCAAUUAUUUCCUCUGAUGGAAGACAAAAAGAGCCUUGCUUCAUCUUAUGAACGUUCUCAGAUAAAGGGAAAAGCUUCUCUAUUAGCUGCAGUUGAUUACUAUGUUGGCAUGCAUAGUGACAUCUUCAUCUCUGCUUCCCCAGGAAACAUGCACAAUGCAUUGGUUGGACACCGAACAUACUUGAACUUGAAGACUAUAAGGCCAAACAUGGCAUUGAUGGGUCAACUAUUCCUGAAUAAAACCAUUGAGUGGUCAGAGUUCCAGCAAGCAGUGGUUGAAGGUCAUCAAAAUAGACAAGGUCAACUCAGACUGAGAAAGCCCAAACAGUCCGUAUACACAUAUCCUGUUCCUGAUUGCAUGUGUCAAGCUUAAUAUACUUAAAAUAUUGUUCACGAAUGAGUAGCCACUAUAUGUUAUAGUUCAGUGUCUUAUUAUUUGACAUUUGUAUCUGGUGAAUAAAAGUAUUUAAACUCCACUUAUUCAUAUGGGGUUUUGUUAUGAUGUUCUUGAUAAGAGUGCUUGAGAGUUGUGUUGUGUGGGAGAUGUAUUUAUGAGAUGAUGGCAUUCUUAGCAGGAACAGUUAUUAUUUAUAAUUCAAUAACAGGAGCCGUAUUGUUACUUAUC